UCCAGUUGCCACAGCAUCAUCGGGGCGCUGUACGCCAGGAGCAGAGAUGGAGGAGUUUGACGACCCAGAAUAUGCCCCACCAAAUGAUGAGCAGCUUCUACCCUGCAGCAUAUGUGGCAGGACCUUUUUCUCCUCAAAACUUAAGAAGCAUAUGACCAUUUGUCAGAAGUCUGCAGCCAAGAGGAGGAAAGUCUUUGACUCGAGCAGACAGAGGGCAGAGGGAACUGAGAUUUCCACUUUAAAGCCCAUCAAACCCAAGUCACAAAGUGCAGCCAGCAAGUCUAAUAAACCGGAGCCGCCCAAGAAACAGUCCAACUGGCGCAGGAAGCAUGAAGAGUUCAUCGCUACAAUCCGAGCGGCCAAGGGCAUCACCCAGGUGAUGAAGGAGGGGGGUCCUCUGCCUCCUCCUCCCCCUCCGUCCUAUGACCCAGACUACAUCCAGUGCCCGUACUGCCAGAGGCGGUUCGGCGAGAACGCGGCGGAGCGACACAUUAAAUUCUGCAAAGAGCAGGCCGCCAGGAUCUCCAAUAAGGCAAAGCUCCCGGGCGGGGAUGCCAAGGCCAAGACUCCGGCUCGCGGCCAGUACAAGCCUCCUGCCAUUAAGAAGGCCAACUCCACAGCGUCCACCUUGCCUGCCAACUCCCGGCUACCACAGCGAUCCAUGUCUGGGCCAACAUCAGGCACAGGCAUCCCGGCAACUAAAGCAGCUUCUGCAGGGUCACUGAGGACUGUGGGGCCUGGCUACGGGCAAGUGCGAUCAGGCGGUACGGGACUGUCCAGCCCCCCCUCUGGGAUGAUGAAGCCCAAGAGUAGUGGAUCAGCAGGUCUUGUCAGGAGUUCACCAUCUGGAAUAGCCAUGAAGAACAGGAAACCCUUCAAUUCAGAAUAUAAUAAUAUGAGGGAUGAUGUGAAUUCUGCAGGUGAGGUGGACGGCCCGGGGGGCCAGAAGACCAAGUUCUGCCAUGAGUGUGGCACCAAGUUCCCAGUGGAGUCGGCCAAGUUCUGCUGCGAAUGCGGCGUGAAGCGGAUGUGGCUCUAGCCCCAACCAACACACACACACACACACACACACACACACUGAACAGAAUGCCAAUGGGAUGGGGUACACACACACACACACACACACACACACACACACACACACACACACACACACACACACACACACACACACACACACACACACACACACACACACACACACACACACUCUACAUGAGCUCAGUGAUACUGAAGCUGAUGACAAAAGAAGAUGCUGAGAAUCCCCCAUGUAGACACGCUGCUCUCAUUCAGACACUAAACACUAGACAGAUCACUUCCUCCCUAUCCUGCGUCUGAAAUACACCCUUCCCACUUCUCCCAGAUUGAAUCACUCCUAUCCCGUGUGUAAAUGGCUAAAAGUCUAUCGAGUGCAAUAUGAUUGAUUGACUACUGAUGAAAUGAAAUUAUUGGAAGGUUUUUUUUCCCUCUCUUUUUGUGAUUGGACCCAUGUGUAGAAAUUCUAAGAUUCUAAGACAUGUUUUUUUUAACGAACGGGGCCUUUUUAAAAAAAUGAAUUUUAUUCAGUUGUAUUCCCUACUGUAGCAACUCAAGUUUUUUUUUUUUCUUCAAAGAGACAGGACCACAGUAUGAACCUGUCUGUGGUCAUUUAAGUUAUAAUUUAUGACAUUGUUUUGCAAUUCUGUUUUUUAAAACAAAUAGUGACAAUUUCAUAUGCAGCAUUUUAAUUUUCAUUUUGUACAUAUGUUCUUUUUUUACCUUUUAUUUUUGCUAUGUUUAGAUGAUAGUUGUGUACGUUUUUACUGUAUCAGUAUUUUAAAUUUCCACAGAAAUGCUGUCUAUCAAAAAGAGGAAAACAAGAUGGAAAAUGUGUCCCUUUACACAAAUGUUUGCUUUUUCCCCUGAACACCUGCUGCUUAUAUCUGCAACUUUGAGACAACAGUCAGACGAUAACUGACUGCAUGAUCUGUCACUAAUACGCUGUUUGUGGAAAAACUUGACCCAAAGAGGUAACAUUACCUCACGAAACCCAAAGUGUAACCUUUGUAAGUUUGUGUGACCUCUGAAAUACGACCAUCAGGCUUUUCAAGACAAUAAGCAAAUGAGAAACGCUACAUUUUACUAAGUAAUGCGUUACCACACUGAAUAAAUCAUUUCCACGUGA